GCCUCUGCCCCCUCGCCAGUCGCUGCCCCGGCCCGGGAGCCCGGCCGGCCCGGGACUCCCGUCCUUGCCGGUGCGGGCGCCGGCAUGUGGCUGUGGGAGGACCAGGGGGGCCUCUUGGGCCCCUUCUCCUUCCUGCUGCUGCUGCUGCUGCUGCUGACGCGCAGCCCCUUCAAUGCCUGCCUCCUCACCGGCAGCCUCUACGUCCUGCUGCGGUUCUUCAGCUUUGAGCCGGUGCCCUCCCGCCGGGCCCUGCAGGUGCUCAAGCCCCGGGACCGCGUGUCCGCCAUCGCCCACCGGGGCGGCAGCCACGACGCGCCCGAGAACACGCUGGCGGCCAUUCGGCAGGCAGCUAAGAAUGGAGCAACGGGCGUGGAGCUGGACAUUGAGUUUACUUCUGACGGGAUUCCUGUCUUGAUGCACGAUAGCACAGUAGACAGGACCACUGAUGGGUCGGGCCGCUUGUGUGAUUUGACGUUUGAACAAAUCCGGAAGCUCAAUCCUGCAGCAAAUCACAGACUGAGGAAUGAUUUCCCUGAUGAAAAGAUCCCCACCCUGAGGGAAGCUGUUGCAGAGUGCCUAAAAAAUAACCUCACAAUCUUCUUUGAUGUCAAAGGCCAUGCAAAUAUGGCUACGGAUGCGCUAAAGAAAAUGUAUAUGGAAUUCCCACAACUCUACAACAGCAGUAUGGUCUGCUCGUUCUUGCCUGAAGUUAUCUAUAAGAUGAGGCAAACCGACCAGAACGUCAUCACGGCGCUGACGCACAGGCCCUGGAGCCUGAGCCACACGGGGGACGGGAAGCCCCGCUACAGCAGCUUCUGGCGGCAGGCCGUGUUUGUGGGCCUGGACAUCCUGCUCGACUGGAGCAUGCACAACGUCCUCUGGUACCUGUGCGGGGUCUCCGCCUUCCUCAUGCAGAAGGACUUCGUGUCCCCGGACUACUUGAAGAAGUGGUCGGCUAAAGGAAUCCAGGUGGUCGGUUGGACUGUUAACACCUUUGACGAGAAGAGCUACUACGAAUCGCACCUGGGCUCCAGCUACAUCACCGACAGCAUGCUGGAGGACUGCGCACCUCAGUUCUAGACCUGGCCCCGGAGGCGAAGCUCAGGUUCAGAACCACCUGGCAGCUCCCCGCGGGGAUAUCCGCACACCCUCGGGCCAGCCCCGGCCCAGCACUGGGGGGCUCACCCUUGUCAGUAAUUGCAUUUUUUACCUGAACCAAAACAGACCCAGGUCGCAGCUGCGCCCCACAGGAUGCGCGCGUUCAGCACGGCUGCUCUUGAAAGCCUCGGGCUGAAAGGAGGCACCAGGGCCCCUCCAGCGCAGCCAGCGAGGCCGAGCAGACUGCGCUCUGCGGCGGGGGGAGCAGAGGCAAUGCAUGGGACCUGCAUGACCACGCGGAGGCGACGUUUCCAAACUGGCCACACUUCAGUAACUCCCGUAUUUUAAAUAUUUGUCUUCGACUAUAUUAACGACGUACUGUAGAUGUCAAACUUGUGAGAAUACUAAUAAAAUCAUUAAAAGGAUCCCUGGAGGAAACUUGUGUUCCAAGUA